AUGGAAGUCUCGCCAAGCAGCUCCGAACGCGAAUCAAUAGGCUUGGCGGCGAAAACCAGACUUGGAACGACAAGUUCCUCUGCCGAGACAACAAUAACUUCAUCUCCGGUGAUUCCUCCGGCGUCUCUGUCUGGAUCUAUGCCGUCGCUUCCUGAUUUGGUGAUGGGAGAGACUGAUCGCCGACGUCGACGACUGAGUGGAAUUGGAUAGAAGAGGGUCAGAAAUCCUCAGGUGUUGAGUCUAGUGAACAAUCCUGAUUCGAGGUUUUGAAGCAGUGGAACAGUGGUAGUGGAGUUUGAGAGAGCAAAAAUGGCGGGAAAGACAGCUCA